UCACGUGAACCUUCUCGAAUGAAAAUAGAUCGGUUCGUACGCUUUCGGAUACACUAAUUACGAAAAUCCGCGAGAGACAGCGAGGCUGAAUGGAUCACUAGGAAUGAAAACAAGAGGCUGUAGCUGUUAAAUGGCCGAAGAUGAGUGGACCACUGUUAAGAUUUUUCGUGGUCCCGCGAUACGUCGAUCACACCGACACACCCCGCGGACACACGACCCUUGGACAGUCGAGAACGGUCGGCAGGAGAGCAGAGGAGCGCGAGGAGUUUGCUGUUUGCUGGAUUGGUGGGGACCUCAGUUUCAUCGAAGGUGUCCGGGCACGAAGGUGUUCCUCCCCGGCUAUCUCAUCGUGUGCCUACUUGUCACGGCUUUUGCAUUCACCGGGAUUUCCACCGAGGCUUAAAUCCGCGAAGAAGAGGCAAAAGAAACGUCGACCAGUGCACUUCGAUAUCAGGCCGCCGUAUUAUUUGGACUAGGUCGGAU